CCUUCCCGCGUUUGCAUUUCUAUUGCAUUUUCAACACCCCGUCAUUCCCACCUUUUUCUUAUCUCGAUACUUUAGUCAGGUACAGUGCCCGCGUCUUUGUUUGGCAACCGCCGCACCAGGCUUGUGUCAUACCCUAAGUACCAAGGUAAGGUAAAGAGUGCAGUUCCGAUGCCAUAGAUUGCAGACCGACCUGCACCAAGUUGCCAGUGUACUAUGCAUGCCUCCGGCUCGUUGCCAGCACGUUCUCACACUAUCCACCUAAACUAGAAAAGGCACAACAGAGGGGGAAAAAGGCAAACUGAGCGGACACAAGAAAAUAUCCCCGAAAAAGAGCAAGGCCAAGGUUCUGCAGAAACCCAACCUCAACGCACAGCGGCAAACGAUACCGAUCCACGCAUUCUCGCAGUCGCCGCCAGAUGUCCACCUCAUGUCCAGCCCGCCUUCUGAGCCCGGAAAUGCCGCAACCGCUGCACCGGUGAGCCCUGACCGUGCUGCUGCUGCUGUUGCUGCUGCUGCCACAACCACCACCACCAUAGCUGGUGCUGGUGCUGCCGUCACAGCGACCCCCCAACCUGACGAUGCGCCACCCGCCCACGCCCACGCCCAUGCCCACGCCCAGCAGCUAGACCAGGCUGGAGCCGCGCCGCACCACCUUGGGCCUCUCCCCAUCCCUCCUCCCGUCACACCCCAGCCCCCGUUGCCCGCGGCCACGGCCACCGCCUCUGUUGCCGCACCUUAUGCAGAUCAGAUUAAAUAUCCUCGUGGCCCUGUCCUCCCGCAGAGGCCCCAUAGCCAUGGCCCCUCGCUGCUGACACAGGCUCUCGCAACAGCUCGUGGCAUCCCUAUCCACAGCCAGGCAGAGCCGUCGCACACCAAGCCCCAAUCUACACGAUCACCACCAGACCAAGCUGCCCGCCUGGCGUCACUUGAUUCUCCCCAGCCCUCGACCGAAGAAGUCGGUGGUGGUCAAGAUGCUCGCCAUGACUCCCUCCUUCAGGUCUCUGGCGGUGUUCUGACGCCACGAGCUUCUUCCCCGCCGACUGCGAUGCACCCACCGUCGACCGCUGCUGUCUCUGCAACUGUCGAAUCUCGCAGCGCCAGCGCCGGCGCGAGCGAGACUCCCGCGCCUACUGCCUGCAGCAUGCUGAACCUUGGCGAGGUGAAUUCGAUGCUUAACGGCCACCGCGAUUUUCUCUCCAAGACCAAGGGACGAAGUUCUCCGCUGGAACGUACAGACCGGGAAUGGAGGCUCCAGGACCGCCUAAGUCGAUCAAGCACCUUCCCCCACGACUCUGCCACCGGCAGCUCCCACACUUCGCCGCUCUUGACAGACUCACCUCUUGGCGCGCAGGACGUCAGCGCCGACGAGGGCGCCUUGUCGUCGGAUGGCCUCGCCCGCGCUGUGACGUGGAAGCCGGAGCAUCGCGUGUCUAUGGGUCCCGAGAAGGCUUGGUCAAUUAGCACUGGAGAUCUCGCCACGGGUCAGGAGGAUGGCCGGGUUGAGAAGUCAAUCGCCGAGGUCAUCUCUGGCGGCGAGGCAAACGUGCGCAGCCGGAAAGCAAGUCACAGACUUGGCUUCUUCAAAGAAGGGCUUCCCGAAGAAAAGGGCAAGAGAAAGGAAUCGCGUCCUGGGCCACAUGUCCGAGAUAAACCGCUACCGAUUGUUGAGACUACUACUACUACUACUACUACUGAUGCCCAACGGCAACCCGGGGGCGGCGAAGGAGCCAAUACGCGCACCUUGGCGGCUCACGAAGACAGGUCUUUGGCCGCUAAUAGUCAUAGCCAAGUGCGCGCAUUCACUGUGCGUAGCCCCGAGGCGUGUUCCGCCAGUGACUCGCAGCAAGAUUAUAUUUCUUCCAAUCGCGGCCCAGCUCCGGCCCGAGACGUCACUGCUCACCACGCUGCGCCGGAUGCCGAGCCCCCUUGUCUAGAUCGUCAAGCGACCGAGUUUGGUGAGGAUGAUGCGGACUUGGGGUUGGAGGCACGGCGGAAUUCGGAUGACAGCGUUGGGCUUGGAGAGUGUGCUGAGGAAGGCGAUGAAUCUGGCGAGGAGAAGAUCUCGUCUGCGGUUUUCUUGCCGCAUCAGGGCCUCGAGCAAUCGCAAGACCAUGCCGCAAUCCCUGGCGUGCCCCCGAGAUCAACCCCCGCACCGAGGACGGUUUCGCGAGCGGAUGAUUGGCUUGUUAAAGCUGGUGAGCCUGAGGUUGAUCAAGUCCAGAAUGCCGACUAUGAGAGGCUGCCUCGGCCGGAGCCCGCCGACAGCUCCCAUGUAUCUCCAAAAGUAGACUCCAGCCAAGUCGAUGGUUCUGCAAUUGCCGAUGAAAGUGACCCUACCGCUUAUCCUCCCAAGCCCACGCGUCCGCUUCCUCAAUAUCAUGAGGAUAACGUCCACGAGCAUCAGUGGGCGCCGAAGCAGCCGCUGGAGGCGAUCGAGCUGAUCCCCUACAAGCAUCAAGUGGGGGGACAUACGACCCUGUGGCGAUUUUCUCGGCGCGCUGUCUGUAAACAACUGAACAAUCGAGAAAAUGAGUUCUAUGAAAAGGUGGAAAAAUACCAUCGCGACCUGUUGGCUUUUUUGCCAAGAUAUAUUGGGGUUUUGAAUGUCACCUUCCAGAAGCAGCCGCGGCGCAAGUCUACCCUAAAGCAAAACGAUGUCGCGGCGUUGGAGCGGCACCAGGUCGGCCAGCCCGAGUCCGGCGUCGAUGCAAAGCGCAACGAGACUGCGCGGGAUGAAGCCGCGCAGAAAUCGCAGGGCGCCCAGGCCUCAAGCACUCAUCAAAGAGUCGUAAGCCAGUCGCUCCAGCCGUCUCCAGGCCAGAUCCCGACGGUUACCUUUGUGGAUAACCAGCACAUCCUGCCCCGGAACCUCCUGCAGCCGUCGCCGGGCGGAUCCAGCCCGUCCGGUCGCUUCAGAAGCCCGUCUGCAUUUGCCCAAGAGCUUGGCACGGGAGGGCAUAACGGCUCUAGCGCUAGUGGACGAGCCGACUUAGCACGCCCUGCCCUCCAGGACCGCCAUGCCAACAGCUGGGGAGCAACCACGGUGAACAAGAGACUCCGGAACGAAGUCUUCAACGAUGCGUUCCUAAAGCAGCCUAUCGCGAUCCAUCGGCAUAAAAGGGGGCACCAGCGUCCCUUGCCUCGAACUCUUCAGCAGGCACUCCGGUCGACUGGAUCGGAUCCGAGCUUGAUGGACUCGCACGACAAGCAAGCUCGAGCCUUUGGCACCGUGGGUGAGCCGCCCAGCUCCCUCAAAGUCAGCUCCAUGGCGCAAAGCGCGAGCGAUCUUGGCCAAGUAAGCGUUUUUUGCGAGGAUGAUGAUGAACCGACACCUGCGGAUGUGACGGGGACUAGCGCGCCCGAACCCGAGAUCCUCGGAGACGCAUCUCCCGCGCAGAAGAAGAAGCGUCGGUAUUCCGGGACUGGCCUCCGCAGGAAGCCAAAGGACGUCAGAGACGCCCGUGGCGACCUUAGAUACUACGCUGAAGCAGACGAUGCUGGCUACAAGGGAAAGAGGGAAGAGAACAAACUCAAGGCUCUACAGGACGCACUCCCGGUUGGCUCCGAGCCUGAGCUCGAGCCGGCACAGAACGAGGGAAAUGGCAAUUUGCUCCCCGAUGCAAACUUGUCGGUGAUGUCUUCGGCCGCCACUUCGGGCCUUCCGAGCCCGACGUCAGAGUUCAAGAGGAUUCCACGCCCUGUCAACCCCAAAGAGGCUCAGACACAGCGAGACUCGCGCGUCGAGUAUUUCCUACUUCUCGAGGAUCUUACCGCCGGCAUGAAGCGGCCGUGCAUCAUGGACCUGAAGAUGGGCACCAGACAGUACGGUGUGGAUGCGAGCCCGAAGAAGCAGAAAUCGCAGCAAGGCAAGUGUGCCAAGACGACAUCGCGCGAAUUAGGUGUUCGCGUCUGCGGUCUCCAGGUUUGGGACGUGAAGACGCAAAGCUACGAGUUCAGAGACAAGUACUACGGGCGAGAUCUCAAGAAGGGUCGGGAAUUCCAGGAGGCGCUCACGAGGUUCCUGUACGAUGGCGCCGACUGGUCCAGCAUCCUCCGUCAUAUCCCUACCGUACUGCACAAGCUCGAUCUCCUCGAGGUUAUCAUCGGCCGCCUGCGCGGCUACCGCUUCUACGCGGCGAGCCUGCUGAUGUUCUAUAACGGCGACACGUCCGAGGACUACGACACGGCCGUGGACGACUCGACGACCGACUUUGCGACGGACACGGAGGAGACGCCGCGCCGCACGCGCAACAACCCCCGCGAGAUCGACUUCAAAAUAGCCGACUUUGCAAACUGCGUCACGGCCGGCGACCUCGGCGACCACCGCUCGUGCCCGCCCAAGCACCCUAACGAGCCCGACCGCGGCUUCCUGCGCGGCCUCCGCAGCCUGCGCAAGUACUUUCUCAAGAUCCAGCGCGACACGAGGGCCGAGAUGGGCAUGGUCGGCGCCCAGUCGCGCAGCGGAGCUGGAGCGUUUGAUGGCGCCAGCGUGGACGAGCCGGAGGAUGACGAUUCUGUGAGCGACUGACGGACUUGCUCGACGAUGAUGAAUAUAGGCGGAACUGCGUGAUGUGCGGUCACGGUUAUGGACCAAAGUUUGGGUCUAGGCAACUGUUUGUGCUUCGGCGAUGAUUUUAUUUUUCACGAAAUUUCCCUUGCUCUGCUUGUCCACGUUACCCACCUGUAGGGGCGAAAAGUCAUGCGGAACUCUUUUGCGCUUCUGGUUAAAUUCACCAUGUUUGUUUUUGUCAGAGUAUGCCAGGGGGUCGGGGU